AUGUCGUCCGGCAAGUCGUCGCCCACUCGGCCAAUGUAUUUUGUCGGUCCAUACGACAUAAUCGAAGUGUUAGGGAACGAUGUCCCACCUGGAAAGUCAUUUGGAAUGUUUCAUUAUUUUUCUUCCAUUGUGGUGACCGAUCCGAAAGCAGGCGAAACCGCGAUAGGUGUGCAAUUCUCCGGGUACGGCUCUAGGGCAACGGCCUUAGUCAAGGACCGUGUGUACUUUACGGUUGGUCGAAUAGUCAAGAGCACGAAGGAAGGAGGAUAUCAGUGCUUCUUUGAAAGCAACCUGAGUCUGUACAUAGGUGGCACUGCUCAGUAUCGAAAAACGGAUCCGGUCCAUCCCGAUGUCGACUUGGGCUCCGAGCUCUUGGGAAAAGUCUUUGUCUUUGGGUUUGGGACUAUCAUCAAGACCGAGAGAGUUGCAAGCGUUGGGCUCAACAACACCUCGCAAACCGAUCUACAUGUGACAAUGAGGCACUACGAUUAUCAUAACGCUAAGAAGUCCAGCACCGAGUUCUUCACGGUCUACAUUGUCCCGGGGAACCCAGUGCUUGGAAAUACUUUUGGAUUCUUCACCGUGGAUAUUGAAGCCUUGAUGAUUGGCAAUAUCACCGGAUUCAAUGAAGCUCUCGGUUCUUGGGAGGUUCAGGUAUAUCUGUUCUCAUUGUCCAAUGGAAAGUCAUCCUUCAAAGCACCUCGGACCCCUUCCUCCUCCGGGAAAACCACUCAGCUCCGACCCGGCCUACGAAUGAUCGGUGGUAUCAGUGCCACCACCCCUACCGCUGUCAGCAAGGUGCCAUCGGCAGAGAUGACAACUCCGAGCAGUUCUGCGGGUCGUCCGUUCAGUCCUAACAUUGUCCCUACCCCGACCCCCUCUACUAGCCGACUUUCCCCAGGAGCCGACGAUGUAUCAGAAGGCGAGAUUCGGGAAAGGGGAUCACGGCCCGGUGGAGAUGAGGAUGAAAACCGCUUCGUCAAUACGUAUAAGAACGGCAAGCGGUAUCCGACAAGCAGCUCUAACACCACCCCCAGCGCAAGCUCGGGCUCUGUGUCCCUGUCUGAUGCUCAAAAACGGGCAAAGACUUGCCUUUAA